CACGCAAUCAAAGUUGCCUUAUGAUUUUCAAACGGCUGCCUAGUAGUACAAUAAAUGGUGAAACGGCACGUUUUGACUCGUCAUGAGACGAGAUUUGUUUCAGGAUUCUGAGAGGUCAUUUUGGGUUUUGCUGGAAUUGAAGAACCGAAACUUUCAUGGAUUCUCCCACUCAGAACACUUCCUUGCAGCGACUUCAAAAUGUGGAGAAGAGAAUAGUUAAGGUUCUGGAGCUGACCGGAGGUGUCAUGGAUGAACUCGCAAAUCCAACCGGUCCCAGGAAAGAAUUGAUUAACAAUCAUUGCCGUGAAUUCAUGAAGAUGAUCAAGGACAUCCAAGUGACUUUGAGGGAUGAAAUCAAGAGUGCUUGUGAGUACCGCACAUUUGAGAAGUGUGAUUAUAGUUCCAGAGUAUCGAAUGAUAUCUGUUGUAAGAAACUCCAAUAUGUUCUCUCUCAACUUGAUGCAAUGAAACAAACCAUUGAUGAAUAUCAAGCUACCAUUUGAAGAUGCAAUGCAAGGAGUUUGACAGAUUUCUUACUAGCCAAACAAGAUAGGCAAGGAGGUUUCUUUUCCUUAGUACCAUCAAAGCUUACUUGGGAAUUGUCUUACUGAACAACGUGGCAAAGCUGGAUAUUAUGUAAUAUAUGCCCCUUUCAUGUUAACAAAGUUCACUAAUUUCAUCUCUUAGACCCUUUGUUGAGUUUUGCUUAGACAUUUUUGUACGUUUGAUGUUCUUGAUUGUGCCAGUAAUCGAAACUUUCUCUUCUCUUUUUGGUUACCUCAAUUCAGACUAGAUUCUGUCUCAAUUUGAAGGCUGCACACG